AUGAGCCAGAGUUUGACCAUGUGGCCAGCAUGGACUGCCGAAGCGGCAGCCAUUGAAGGACGUCGGGUGCAGCUCGUUCAAAGUUUUGCCGAGCACAAAGCCUGCUUCGAGAGAGCGUGUGGAAGCUCGGCGCCUUCACGGCCACGGGCCCCAUGGAAGGACGUCCCAAGGUUCCAUCGGCCCCUCGGAGCGGCCUCGGCCCUCAUCUGGGCGCCAAAGCGCCGACGCUCCCGGCGCGGCUCGGUGCUCCGGCGUUCCGCUGAAGGAGCCGACGCGGAUGUUAUGCAGAAGAUCGACAGCCUGAUUGAGCAGGAGAACAUUCAAGAUGCGGUGCACGAGCUCAAGACGGUGCUGGUGUCGGACGAAGACGAGAAGCUUCUGGAACACACUCUCCAGUCCUUACUUGAUGCUGGGGCACUGCGAGUAGUUGUUGGGCUUUAUCAAAGGUGGUGCUGCGGCGAGAACAGGAUGUUGGUAUCAGUCUGUGUGAGAAAGCAGGUGCUGCGUAUUCUGGCAGUCAACUCUCAAUACCUGCCUGCGGUUGCGCAUGUUCAUGAUCUGCUUGCCAAGAAGGAAGUGGAUCAUGAAGAUGCAGUAGCACUGUUUAACAUCAUUCUUCUGGGUAUCCAUCAGUCCGGACAUGCACUAACGGCAAAUCGUGCAGAUCAAGUUCUGAAGAAAAUGGAGGAGUCGGGUGCCAAGCCCAAUUGCGAGACCUUGCGAAUACUGGUGGAAUGUAAGACGCUGUACGCUGGACCAGGAUUUCUGGUGGAUGUCGGGCAGAGUGUUCUGAAUGUUGCACGGCGCUUUGUCGGCAUUCCGCCUGAUGGGGCUGUACUGCUGGCGGUGAGCAACUCCCAUCUGCGGGCUGGGGACCUCGAAGCUGCUUACCGAUGGUUUGUCGCGAGCCAGUUGGAGGAACGUCGACGCCACCUUGGCCCAGAAGAAACGGAUGCCUUAGAGCUGGUGUCGCAGCUGGCCCGUGGCCUUGCAGUAGGAGGCCAGGCGCUUCGACUCCUUCGUGUGUUACAGGCCGUGAAGGCAGAUGGUGGGAAGCUUCCCAGCAGAGCUGCGUCAGUGUCCCUGGCCGGCUACACCGCAGGUCGCAGUCUUUGUACAUGCUGGCUCGAGCCCCCUGCAGAUGUUGUGCGACGACGUGGUGUUUGGGCGUCGGGAGACAAAGUGCAGGUGAAGUGUGCCGAGCAGUGGAAUUGGCAAAAGCUCGAGGAAUCGCGGCACGAGGUGCAUCAGUGGCAUCCAUACCUGUCGCCGGACACCAAAGUUGAACGAGCCUGGCUCGCACCACUGCGGUCUCUGGACGUGAACGGCCUAGGCCUUGUGCGGGACUGGUGUGGGGAAACGCCGGCGCAGGCGACCGCCAGAGAACGGCUCGGCGAUCGCGGUCCCACCCCACCCAUCCUCGACAUGAAGUCGGCGCUCUGUGUGGAGCCACCCGGCGCCGGGCCAGAUGCCUCCCGAAGCUUCUUCUCAGUCGCAGAGCGGAGCCAUAGCCGGCCUGUGGCUCGGCUGCCGAACCCCAGAACUUGGCGGGUCUUCCAUGCCGAUGCCGUGAAAAGGGCUUACGGGAACGCAAACCGCUGCCGAGUGCCAAGCCCGUCGCACCUCCGGCAGCAUCUCUUGGCGGAGAAGUCCUCUCAGCUUCUCCUGGGAGCCAGGGCUGUUGCAAACCCCUUGCCCAUCCCUUUCUCCACGCUGAAGGAGAUCAUCCAGAGUCUUACGAACGAGGAGAAAGAGGCCUUGAUCCACUUCGAGGAGGAGGUGGCUUUCUCCAAGGCUUCCAAGGAGGAGAUUCAAGAAGCCCUCACCAAUGCGAAGGUUGAUGUCGACCUCGCAGGCAGCAGCAAAGAGACUGCAAAGUCCCUUGUCAAAGCGGCCGUGGCCAUGGCAAAGGGGGAGCCUUUCCUGAAUAAGUUGACUGAUGAGGCCUAUGUGGAAGCCGUGGAGCAGAUGUCGGAGGAGGAGCUGCAGGAAGCCUGGAAGUUCCUAUGCUCCGAGCGCAGCACGGAAAUCAUGGGUACCAAACUGUCCGCACGCGUGGAGGAGAAGCUUCUGUCUGAGCUGAAGGAGGAUGAGCAGCUUGACGGGAGCGCCAAAGACGAGCUGCAGCUGGCACUGGAGAUUCUGACUACCUUGCACGACAUCGGGGUGAGGCCGACCGCCAUGGACUGCAAGGCCUUGCUGCAAGCGGCCCAUGCUCUCGGCGAUGUCGAUCUCGCAGGAAAGGUCAUGGAAAGUGUCGCCGGGAGUCUCGCGGAGCAGGAGGAGCCCGAGUCCGAGCUCGGACCUGCGGGGCAGGCGAUGCUGCAGGUUAUGGAAGAUGGUGGCUGGGACAGGGAGGCCUCGGAGGAUUUCCUGAAGGGGAAGCGUGUCUUCACAAGGCGGGAUCCAGAGACAAGCCUGGGCAAAAUGCAGACAAGGUACUUGGAUCCACUUCUGGGGGCGGAGGCUUCCGAGCCCUACGCCAAGGAUCGAGAUGAUUUGCUCCAGGCGUUUACGAAGCCUUACGCCGGCAAGCUCACGCCUUUCAACAGGAAAAGUCGGCCCAAGCCACCAGAGGCUUUCGACGCUGAUGCUGACAGCAUGAGCGAGACGAGCGAGAGGCGGCAAAGCGUGACCUGGACGAGCCACCAGAAGGGCAAAAAAUCCAAAGAGACAAUCGAGGAGACUCACGUGGUGACACGCUCGGAAAUCCUGAUAGCCGGCGUGCAGCACCCAGAAGAGGCAGCAGCCCUGGUCGCUUUGGCUGGCAGAGACAUCACUCGGAGGAAAUGGCUGUCUGGCAGCACCUCGUCGGACCUUGAAGAGCACCUGGACCGCUUGGGGCUGACGUCUCCCCCAAGGGUCAGCGAGUCAAGGAAGCUGCUUGCCUUUGCGGCCGAAGUCCUUAGUGAGGCUGCCGAGACUCGUGCCAUGGUGCUGUGA